AUGGGCAUGGGAAACCGCCAUCGCUUCGAGUAUAGGCCAGGGGCCCAGGGCAGUCAGAGCAGCAAUGGCGUCCCCGCCGCCGCCGUCCUCCUCCUGCUCCUCGUCCCCGUCUCCCAUCCACUGGCCUCAGGCCUGGAGUCCUCGCCGUUCGACGCGGCGCUGGCGGCGCUGCAGGGCCGGAUCGGCUACGCGUUCGGGUCCCCGGACCUGCUCCGCCGCGCGAUGACGCACGCCUCCUACUCGCGCGAGAACGGCCGGGCGCUGGCCGUGCUCGGCCUGGCCGCGGCGGAGUCGGCCGCCGCGCUGCGGGCCCUCGCCGCCGACCGCGACGCGCCGGCCUCCGCCGUCUCCCGCGCCGCGCGCGACGCCGCGGGGGAGCCCGCCUGCGCCGCGGCGGGCGCCCGCGCGGGCAUCCCGGGCGUCGUGCGCGUCGCCGGGUCCACCAAGGCCUCGGCCCCGCCCGUGGUCUGCGGCGCCCUCCGCGCGCUCCUCGGCGCCGUCGCCGUCGACAACGGCACCGCCGCCGCCGCCGCCGAGGUCUUCUGGCGCCUCCACGUCAUCACCGCCGCCGCCAUGUGACGCGUGCACGAGUAAUAAAUCAUCCAAGAUGGUUUGCACUUGCACAUCAGUGUUCACAAGUAUAUUUACUAGUAGGAUAAGUGAAGCUGCUGCUGCAAUCUACCUCUAUGUAAAUUAUGAACUGCCACCUAGAGCCUGGAUGAAAAUCAUCAACUUCCACUUUGAUUUCGUAUGCAAAUUAUGAACAGUCACUCAGAGCUCUGAUGAAAAUCAUGAACCUCCACUUUGAUCUUGUAUGCAAAUUAUGAACUGCCGCUUCGAGUUGUGCUAUGUCUGAUUUGAGAUGGAUCAUGGAACAAGAGUUCCUUGUCGAAUUCA